AUGAGUGCUCAAGCUACGCGACUUGAAAGUCUUUUCCUGCUUGUACAAGACGGAAAUAGCGCACAGAUUCGAAACAAUGCGGCGGAAAAAUUGGGGGAAGCCGCUGCGUGCUCUCCCGAGUCCUGCGUCUCUAUCUUGGAGCAGUUGAGACCACUAAUUGUGCACAAAGAGUGGGACAUCCGUGUGGCUGCCUCCAAAUGCCUUGAUGUAGUGGCUCGCUCUUUGCGGAACGAAGACGAGAACGUUGCGGAUCUCUUUGCAAUGACUUCCCUUGGAAGUCAAGAGGCUUCAAGUGUAGCGCUCAAUCUACAGACGGUGGACAUAAACAAAGUGGUACAGGAGGGGGCGCCGCUACUGCGCAGCGGAGGAGAGGAGUAUCGAUACAGUACGAACUUAACAGAGGAGGAGCGACAGGAUCAUGCCAUAAAGCAGCGGCGUCUCCUACUGAGACGCCUUAGCGGAGCUGGAGGACCGAUUUGGAAAACGCGCGAAGACUCACUGACCAAACAGCUGCUCCCCCGACUCAAUCGAAGCCAUGCACAGGAAAUUGCCGAUGACAUAGAGGCAAGUGAAGCGCAGCUAAAUAUAGGUGAUGAGCCUGUUACACCUCGUAAGAAAGCGAGCGAGAUGUUAUCUGUUUCUCAAAGCUUCAAACGUCGUUUGAAUAAUUUCGCGGGGUUAAGGAGUGGUGGCAAACGGAUAAAAAGUGAUCGUGAUGGUAGAGCCGAGGAUGUGAUUAUGAAUUAUGCAAUUGAAAAUGAUCCUGAUUGCUGGGCUGACGAGGCAGCGACGCUAACUAAGGCAAAAACUGUUGCAAGCUUGGUCUCCGAUCUGUUUGACAGUAUGUUUGAUUCGAAAUGGGAAGUUCGUCAUGGUGCACUUUUGUCCUUGCGGCAAAUCCUCCUAUUGACCCACUUUACUGCUGCCGUUGAAGCAGUCAGGCCAGUGAAAGACGAGAGUGCGAAGCGAAGUUUUGUCGACAAAUGGCUGGAAGAGUGCUUGAUUCGUUGCAUUUGUGUAUUAGCGCUGGAUCAAUUUGUAGACUACUCGGCUGACGGAUCCGUUUCUCCUGUUCGCGAAGUUUGCGCACAAGUCUUUGGUAUUUUGCUCGGCAGUCUUGGCAAUGAAGAUUUGCUGGUCGGAUAUCUGCAAGUAGUGCGUACGUUAUUUAGUGGGUCGACGUGGCAAGCUUGCCACGGUGGGCUAUUGGGGCUGAAGUAUCUUGUCCAAGCUCACAGUAGUCAUGCCCAAGCACUACUUCCUCUCUUUUUUAACGAUAUUGUGACUGUGUUUUCCCAAGCCGACUCAGAGGAGGACGUGCUGACUCUCGCCGCAGAUAUGUGUAAGGGGUUUGUCUCGUACUUGCAUCGGGUUGAAGCAACUGCUAUCAUAAAGGCUGCUCUAUUAUUAUGGACGUCUUUAAAACAUCAUAAGAAAGAUGGUUUCGUUACGGCGAGCAUAGUUGAAGCGUUAAGUGCGUGGCACAAUCACAACCCGGUCGCAACGCAGUUGCACAGUGACAAAAGAGUUAGGGCAGCAAUUUGGCAGAAUUUAUCGUAUACAAUUCCAAUGCUCCAUCACCAUUCGCAGUCCAUUCGAGCAUCUAGCGCAGCUUGCGCUGCAACCAUUUUUUCGAGUGAAUCGUCUUUGAAGUCAAGUCCAGUUGGCUUUGCUCGAUCUUUUUUGCCACAUCUGGUGUUUCAAGUGCUUUUGGAGAAAAACGAGGCUGUCCAGCAAAGCUUGCUUGCCGCAUGGAAACAAGUAGUAAGCAGCUUGUCGAAAGAAGGUAUGCUAAUGGACGUUGUAGCUGAACAUUUGCCAAUUUGGGUGCAGCUUUUGUGGUCAACGGAUGAGAUGAAAAACCUAAAUGUUGGGCUAGUAACCUCGGUCGGUACGGUACCUAGUACCGAUGAGAGCGAUAUCGCGGAUCGAGCGGCACGUAAAAAUGUGCCCUCUCGUGUAGUAUUAGCCGAGGCGAUUGGAUUUGUUGUUGCUCACGUCCCUCUUUCUAGUGCGUGUAUGGCUGAGAUGGUCCAGUUAUUCCGCGAUGGUGUGUGCGGUGUCUCUGGCGAGCGACAGUGUGGCGUUUUGCUAGCGCUGUCAAAAUGGGGUCUUUUUGAGAAGCAACUCAAACGCGAAAUUUCGCUAGAGCAGUCACGUCGACUGCAGCAUUUGCAGACAUCAGUUGGAUCUUUAAUCGAAUUGUUUGCAGAAAAUGAAUGGAGGACACUGCAGCCGGACGCACCGAAUGGAGAGACACCAUCAUUCUAUAGCGAACAGCUUGGAUCAUUAAAACGCGUCGUGCAGAUGGAAGCGCGAAUUAUCGAGAUCUUUUCAUCCGUAGGUAUCACACUUCAGCCCACACAAAGCCGAGGCUUGGUAUCAGCAGCAGACAUUUCACGACAGAUCGCAGAACACAUUGCUCUUUUUCCUUACGAUAAAUUGCGAGAACACCCAAAAGAAUUUGAACUGGCUCAUUUUAAACGGCAAGACCUUUUUCUAGUGGACGAGCUCGUUCAACAAAGUUUUGCUCGUUUUUAUCACCGGGUACAAGGUCUUGGGAGCAGCGCUUAUUACGAACUACUGCCGGUUCCCAAAAAGAGCGGGUUUCUAGUCAAAGCACUGAUGAACUCGAUCAAGGAAGAAGAAGAUCUCGCAUUUCGCUCUAUAUCAUCGCGAACAAUAGCGGACUUUGUGAUAGGUCAGGCAAACACUCAAAAGAAGUGUGUCACAAAGAUCAUUUCUAAUCUUUGCAAUAAUGCCGCGGCGUUGAAGAUGAAAGUUCGAGUAGUCGGAGCUGAAAGUACGCUGCGUGAAAUUUGCAAUUGUGGUGGUGAUUCUCUUUUCAAUGUGUGUCAUGCUUUGGAGGAUGUAAUUUCCAAGGCGUGGGACCAGCACAAUGUAGUUGAACUCACAAUUCAACGAUGCAUGCACUUAAUCAUUUUGGUGGUUCCUAACGUUAAAGGCGGCGCAAUGGCGACUUGCUUAACCUGGCUUAAUGGACUUGCUCGAUUGACACAGCAGCCGUAUGAAGAUCAGCAAACACGGCGUGCCGCUGCUCAUGCUGUUGCUACCAUUAGCAAAUACGCGAAAGGGCAGCAUCGCGAAGAUGCAAUGCUUGUUGUGUACAAUUCAAUCUUUGCGGUAUUUACAAACGCUGGUCAUGCAGAUAUUUAUUCGAAAAAUGAAGCAUUAGAAGGCGCAGUCAUGGUGCUCGCCUGCAUCGUUCACGCUCUUGGAGCGGAUUUGGCGCCAUAUGUACCCAGCCUCGUUCACUAUGCAACAAAGGCCAUGAGUUCACAGUUCAAACAUGUUCGCACGUAUGCAGCUGGGGCAUUUGCUGAUUUAGUUCCGUUGAUUCCGCUUCAAAUGGAUCUUGAUCUUCGGGAAUCCGACCAGCUACUUCCCGACUCAUUGAAAACGAUUGUGAAGCAGAAUGCUGUUUCACGUAGCUUCUUGGAGAGCUUCGCAGAAGGUAAGGCUGUUCAGCAUGCUGAUGUCAAGCCUUUGCUUUCUCCAGAAACAUCGUUGCGCUUGUAUCAACAGCAUGGCGUGGAUUGGCUCUGCUUUAUGGCCAAAAACAAUCUUCAUGGGAUUCUCGCUGAUGAUAUGGGUCUAGGCAAGACGUUGCAGACGCUUUUAGCCAUGGCCGCAACGUUAGCGACAUACGUCACAACCAAUAGCAAAAGGACAGCAAUGCCUUGCCUCAUUGUUUGUCCACCGAUUGUCGUUAAUCACUGGAUGCAGGAAGCCAAGAAAUACAUCCCAGGGCUUUUCUUAUCAAUUAUCGACUACUCAAUCCCUGCAUCUGAGAGAAAGGCUCUGAAAAACAGAGAUGGUAUUCUAAUAUCAGAUCAAGGCCCAACAUUGAUCAUAACAACAUAUUCGAUUUUACGCUCAGAUAUCGAGUGCUUGGCGAGCAUCGACUACACCUUCGUGGUGCUAGACGAAGCACAUUUGAUUCGUAAUCCAUCCACAGCAUUGUUUCGAGCUGUGCUCGAACUUCGUGCGUCGCAUCGCGUUGCUUUGAGUGGAACGCCACUGCAGAAUAACGUCUUCGAUUUGUGGGCUCUGUUUGAGUUUUUAAUGCCCGGGUACUUAGGCGACUUCGCUGCAUUUCGCCGCGAGUUUGGCCUUCCUAUCACAAAGUCGAAAAAGCGAGAUGCGACGACAAAGCAGAAGGAGCUGGCAGCAAUCGCUAUUGUGCGGUUGCAUCAAAAGGUCUUGCCGUUUAUUCUACGACGCACGAAAGAUCAGGUGCUGAAGGAGCUUCCUCCGAAAAUUAUCUCCAAUGUGCUUUUGCCCCUGUCUGCAUUGCAAAAAGGCCUUUAUUCCCUGGCAUCGUCGAUGGAAACCGAGAGCCCAAGUUUAGCGGCAUCUACCAAGCCCAUGGCCAAAAACUUGAAAACAAAGCCAUUGACGAACGUGCUAACGAAUCUCCAGCUACUGCGCAAAAUAUGUGUACAUCCAGCGCUUGUUGCAGAUGAAGCAGUUGCUCGAGCCUUAAGCGCAAAGGAGAAGGAAGCUCUUCGGGGAUGGAAGUGCUCAGGCAAACUGACCGGGUUGCGUGAUCUAUUGGUAGAGUGCUGCGAUAUUGCAGGAUGGGAUCAAGGAACUCGUCAAGGCUCCGCUUCUGAUAUCGACAAUCUAGAUGGUGGCAAUAUCUCUCCGCAUCGGUGUCUGGUGUUUGCUCACUUGCGGCAGACACUAGACCUAACUGAGCAAAUGCUACAAGAUGCAUUGCCUAGAGUUACGUACCGACGCCUCGAUGGACAAACACCACGCACAAAACGUGCUGAUAUUGUACAGCAAUUUAACGCUGAUCCAUCGAUUGAUAUCUUGUUGCUGACAACAGCGGUAGGAGGCUUAGGACUAACGCUCACCGGCGCCGACACCGUAAUCUUUAUCGAGCAUUCUUGGAACCCAUUUGUUGAUCUGCAGGCAAUGGAUCGUGCGCAUCGUAUUGGACAGAAACGAACCGUUCGCGUAUUUCGAUUGAUCAUGGAGGAAUCGCUCGAAGAACACAUACUCAAUCUCCAGGAAUUCAAAGAGCAAGUCGCAUCUACGGUAGUACAAAAGACUGAUGCUCAAAGUAGCAUGAACGCGAACACAGCAAGUGUCCUCAACUUGCUGCAGGCGUCAACUUCAGCGCUGGCUGCUAAGGAGCUUCGUGAAUCAAUUGGUGAAACAAAGCCUGGUGCGACUGCACUUCCACGGGGAGCCCAAGAACUUCUUGACCAGAUUGGUGAACUAUGGGAUGAGUCGCAGUACGAAUCCUUAGCUUUUCCCAAAGAAGCAGAUAUGUAA